AUGGCAUCGACACCGAAAGUAGAGAACCAGCAGCUCCCUAAGCAGGAGGAGGAUGCACAGCAAGCUGGGCCGUCCAACCAGUAUGAGCAAUCACAACACCACGCCACUGCCGACGACGAUGAUGGCGUGGAAAAUGAUCAGCAGCAUAUUGAAGCGGAAGACGGCCAGCAGAAUGAUCGGGUUGACCAGGACCGGCAGCCCGAUGGCGAGGAAGUGAAGCAAGUACCGCACGAGGAUGAUGCGGAAGAAGACGAGGAAGAAGACGACGCCGACGAAGCCUACCCGGCUCCUGCACGGCAACAGCAAGACAAGGAAGAAGAGGACAGCCCGGCACUGUCUCAGCCGCCCACUCCCAAGGACGACGAGAAACCACAACCGAAGUGGGCGCAAGAGCGCGCUCAGCAGAACCAGACCCAGGACAAACAGCUGGAGCGCCGCCGUCCUCGCCGCCGUCGCCAGCCCCGCUAUUACUCAGAUGAUGACGAGGAAGACGACCAAGACUACGACAACCAGCUUGCCCCUCGCCAGCAGCAACAGCAGCAGCAGGUGCAACAGCCACAGCAGGAUGGCGGCGGUGGCAAGAACCCGCUGAGGCUGAGGCUGGAUCUGAACCUAGAGGUCGAGAUCGAACUGAAGGCACAUAUCCACGGUGACCUGACACUAGCUCUACUGUACCGGUGUUUGCGAGGUGCAAACAGUCAUCCUCUCUGA